GAAGCGCCGUAAACCACUACAAGGGAGUUCGGAUGAGGAAGUGGGGGAAGUGGGUGGCCGAGGUGCGGCUGCCCAACAGCCGGGAGAGGAUAUGGCUGGGGUCUUAUGACACCGCCGAGAAGGCUGCCCGCGCCUUCGACGCCGCCUCCUAUUGCCUAUGCGGCACCCAGGCGGUGGUAAACUUCCCCGCCGACCCACCCAACAUCCCUUCCCCUGGCCGGCUCACCAGAAACGAAAUCCGGGCAGUGGCCUCCAAGCACGCACAUGAGGCUCCUCGAGCCGGGCCGGACGAAGAUGCGGGACCGAGCAAUGCGAGGCAGACGGCUGAGGACGUGGUGGGGCAAAUGAUCAGCUCGGUGCCGCAGGAAUUAUUUUCGCCGCAGUUUUUCUACUUGCCGUUGCCGUUGGGAAGCACAACUGUUGGCGAUCUUGAUGCCGAUGAUGAUGUGGAAGGAUCUUUCUCCAUUUGGAACUUCUGAGGCACUUAAAUGAGUGGGGACGUAAGCGAGUUAAUGAGGUCCCAUCGCAUAUAUUGCACGCAUCCUGUGGGGUUGUGAUGUGGAUCCUAAACGUUUUCAAGCGGGGCGGCUGGGCUUUGCAACUGGCAGCAGCUGCAAAAGAUUUUUAGGUUGUUGGAACAAUGUGGAGAAGUUGGUUGUCCUCUAAACAACAUAUGUACCAGUCAAAACUGGUAAUAAAAUUUUGUGUGUGACGUUGAUAAUAUUUAUAAGGUGCUAUAAUGAAUAUUUUAUUUUAUUUUAUUUUAUUUAAUGCAAAAGGAGGCUGAUAGAAUAUAGCCACCGGGUAUAUAAUGAAUUUUUUUUUUUCUA